UUUGUCUGUUGUAAUCAGAGCGGCCUCCCCGUAGCAGCUUUUCUCAAAACCUCCCUGAACCAUCAGAAAGGAAUGUUUCCUUGCUGGAAGCCAUUAGUUCUUGGUUCUUGCCCUGAGGCAGAGAAAUCUGGUUCCUCUUUCCCCCAGUUGAAAAGGGUCUCCCUCGAAGCAGCAACAGCAGAAGAAGGACUGGUGUAGAGGAAGGCAUUUCAGAAAGAACCCAGUCGGGGGGAGACCUGCCGCUACUGCCUGCUGAAGAGAGGCUCUGACAGGGAAGACGAGGAAGGUUUCUCAUCGGUGGCUACUGAAAAGUGUUUUCUAUCCCCAAGACAUGGCCCGAAGGCAGAACUGACGGUACCAGGCAGCCUUUGCUUUCAGGAUGCGGCCAGUGUGGGCCCAAAGGGGCAUGAUGUGGCUGGGAGCCCUGCUGACUCUGCUGCUCUGUUCGAGCCUUGAGAGUCAGGAAAACUCUUUCACCAUCAACACCAUCCACAUGCAGAGCCUGCCAGACUGGACGGUGCAGAAUGGGCAGAACCUGACCCUGCAGUGCAUCGUGGACAUCAGCACCACCUCGCACAUCAAGCCUCAGUACCAGGUGGUGUUCUAUAAGGACGAUGUGCUCUUGUACAACGUCUCCUCCGUGAAGAACACGGAGAACUUUCUUAUUCCUCAAGCCCGGGUCCAUGACUCGGGGACGUACAAAUGCACUGUGAUUCUGAACAACAAAAAGAAGAAGACCACUCCGGAGUACCAAUUGUGGGUGAAAGGGGUGCCACGUCCCAGGAUGACACUGGACAAGAAGGAGGCAAUAGAAGGUGGGGUCGUGACUGUCAAUUGUUCCGUCCCAGAGGAAAGGGCCCCAAUACAUUUCAAAGUUGAAAAAUUUGAACAAGAUCCAAAAAUUUUCAAGCUCAAAAAGGAGAAGACUUCUUGGGAACAGAAUUUUGUGACCUUGGAAUUCCCAAUUAGAGAACAGGACUAUGUUUUAUAUUUCACCUGUCAAGCCAGUAUUUCUCUGGGGUUCCAAAUUGAGACCUCAGAAACCACCAGGAGUGAAGAGAUGGUCACCGUGACAGCCUCCUUCUCUACUCCAAAGUUCCAAAUCAGCCCCCCUGGGGUAAUCACAGAAGGAGAUCAGCUCCACAUCCGGUGCACCAUCCAAGUGACGCACCUGGCCCAUGAGACUCCAGAAAUCCUAAUCCAGAAGGACAAGGCAAUUGUGGCCCACAGCAGACACAGCAGGGAGGCCGUCUAUUCAGUAAUGGCCACAGUAGAGGACAACGGCAACUACACAUGCAAAGUGGAGUCCAGUCGCCUGUCCAAGGUCAGCAGCAUCGUGGUCAACAUCACAGAACUGUUUCCCAAGCCAAUGCUGGAAUUUUCCUCCACCCGUGUGGACCAAGGUGAAAAGUUGGACCUGCUGUGCUCCAUCCCAGGAGCCCCGCCAGCCAACUUCACUAUCGAGAAGGAAGGCAUGAUCGUGUCACAGGGCCAGAAUUUCACCAAGAUCACUGACGGGCGAGACAGCGGGACCUACGGCUGCACCGCAGGCAUUGGCAAAGUGGUCAAGAGAAGCAAUGCCGUCCAGAUCACAGUGUGUGAAAAUAUCUCCGAGCCCAGGAUUUUUCAUGACACCAAGUCUGAGAUCAUAAAAGGACAGUCCAUAAGAGUCAGUUGCCAAUCAAUAAAUGGAACUUCACCUAUUACUUAUCACCUUUUAAAAGGAAGUGAUGUUUUAGAGAAUAUUACAAAGACCUCAAAUGAUCCUGCAGUAUUCCAGGAUAACCCAACCAAAGAUGUGGAAUACAAAUGCAUUGCAGAUAACUGUCAUUCCUACCCUGAAGUAUCCAGUGAGGUUUUGAGCAUCAAGGUGAUAGCCCCAGUGUACCAGGUCAAGCUUACUAUCCUAAGGAGUGCAGAGGUGGAGUCUGGGAAGGAAAUUGUGCUUCAGUGCUCCGUGAAUGAAGGAACUGGUCCAAUCACAUAUAAGUUUUACAAAGACAAGGAGUCCAAGCCCUUCCACCAAGCCAUCUCGAAUGAUACCCAUGUGAUUUGGCAUAAGACACAGGCUAGCAAGGAGCAGGAGGGACAGUACUACUGCAUGGCCUCCAACAAAGCGAGUGUCACCCAAAGCAGCACCCAAAGCAACAUGUUGAUGGUCAAAGUCUUUCUUGCCCCAUGGAAGAAAGGACUUAUCGCAGUUGUCAUAAUUGGAGUGAUAAUUGCCACCUUGAUAGUUGGAGCCAAAUGCUAUGUGAUGAGGAAAGCUAAAGCCAAGCAGAUGCCCGUGGAAAUGUCCAGGCCAGCAGCACCACUUCUGAAAUCCAACAAUGAAAAGGUGUCAGAGCCUAAUAUUGAAGCCAACAGUCAUUAUGGUUACAGUGAUGAAGUUGGAAACCAUGCAAUGAAACCACUAAAUGAAAGUAAAGAUUCUACAAACUCAGAUGUGGAGUACACAGAAGUGGAAGUGUCCUCAGUGGAGCCCCACCAAGUUCUAGGAACGAAGGGCACAGACACAGUGUACAGUGAGAUCCGGAAAGCCGAUCCUAAUUUUGUGGAAAACAGAUAUUCUAGAACAGAAGUCUCCCUUGACAGAACUUAGGACAGCAAAAGUAGGUGCUCAUGCCUGGCAGGACAUCCACAUCCCAAGAAGCGCAGAUGAUUCCCAUAUUCCGAGAGCUCUGUGCACUUAUGAAACUGCUCUGCUCCCAUGUAACCUAGAAAUUCCUCAGGCCAAGGCACCAGUUCUCAAAUCCAUCCUGCUGCGUUAAUGUUAGGCAUAAGGAGAUACAGAGGGGCUGUUCAGUCGCCUGCGGGCCCCUCCUUCCAAGUUGGAGCAUCCUUGCAAUGCAGAAGAGUGAAAGGAGAUCAGAGUAAACAGGCCACUGGAGUAUUUUAAAAACUUGAAUAUUUUGUCUUGUACAGAGAUAGAGAACCUCUGCAUGCACCUGUUUUUUCUUGUACCCAAUCAUUUCUAGCAGAUGGCCUACUGUCAGGCUUAGUUUUUCGUUUUUCUUUUCUUUUCCUUUGGUCCUUCAAAGGCCUGAAGCUCUGGAUAGUGCUUGUUCUUUGGAAAUGACCAGACCACUCCCCCCACCACACCCCCUCUGACCUCACCCACAAGUGGGUAACGAAGCUGCUCGGGUGCGACUCCUCCACAACACCACGAAGGCCCGCGUGGGAAGUGUGAGAGUGGAUGAGGAAGGCAGUGGGAGUACAGAUGUUCUUACCAUGUUUUCUUCCUCUGCCACGUUGAAGGCCAAAAGAUGAGAAAUGGUUGCCUACCGCAAAUCCUAUUUUUAAUAGAAAAAUGAAGUGUGUAUUUUUCUUACUAAUUUUUUUUUAAUUUAUUCCCUGCUACAGAAGUGAUCUCCUGAGAUCUUAAGAUGUUUCGGAGGCUGUCUUGAGUGGGUGGGAAGGGGGCUGCGGCUGUUACUGCAGAGCGAGAGACAGCGCUUAGCUAAAGCCGCCUUCCUGGCCACCUCAGCGACAGGGCCGCGGGGAUCCUGAGGGGUGUUGUAUGAAAUAAAUUUGAUCUUUACUCUUCUGA